AUGACUACGAAUACAAAUUCCUUGUCAGACAGUGAACGCUCUCUCUCAGGGGAGUGUUCAGUUGAUGGAAACUCGUAUGAAAGGGGAAAUGAAGAUGAAUGUUCAAGUCAUGGCAGUCAUGAUGAUGUGGACUCGACGCAAAAGGAGAAGAAGGUGGAUCGCCAAUAUACCUUAGAGCGUAAGUCCAAGAGCAUGCCAAGUGACAUUCAAAGGGACAUAGACAUUUUGGGUGAAAAAUCGAAAGAAAAGGUGUUUUUAUCUGAUCAUGAAGAUGAUAGUGGUGAAAUGGAGGAUACCCCAAUAUGGGAACCCCCUGAACCAGAAAACCCAGAAGAUGAAGUAGAAGGAGGUGUUGCCGAUGUUGAAGAUGAUGACGACGAUGAUGAUGAAUGCUGUGAUAGCUCUAAGUGGGGCAAAUCAAGUUCUUUAGGGGAAUCUAGAGAUGAAAGUAGUAAAAAGAGAAGGUCCAAUGAAGAAAACAGAAGAGCAAUGCUUGAGGAGGCAGAUUUGAAGUUUAAGUUCAUUGUGAGCCAACUUAUUAAGACGGCUGGGAUUUCUAUGGAAGAAGGUGAGAAUUGGAUGGAGAUAGUUGCUAGGCUAUGUUGGGAGGCUGCUUCACUGCUGAAGCCAACUAUUAAUGGAAAACCGGUUGAUCCCAGUGAGUACAUCAAAGUGAAAUGCAUAGCAACUGGUUCUUGGAAUGAAAGUGAAGUUUUCAAGGGCCUGGUUUUCAAAAAACAUGCCGCUCUUAAACAGAUGGGAACCAAGUAUGAGCGUCCUAGAAUAAUGUUAGUCGAAGGAGUAUUGGGACAGCCAUUAAGUGGAUUUUCUUCUUUACAAUCAAUGGAGGAGGUGGGGGACUUGAAGUUUGUGGCGCCUGUUGUUGCUAUCAUAGAAGCUCUCAAGCCUGAUGUUAUGCUGGUGGAAAAGUCUGUUGCACGUGAAAUCCAAACGUCUAUUCGUGAGAGAGGUGUCACUCUGGUGCUUGACAUGAAGCUUCACCGUCUACAGAGAAUAUCUCGCUGCAUUGGUUCGCCAAUUGCUUCAUUGGACUCUCUAUCUAGUCAGAAGUUGAAGCACUGUGAUUCCUUUCGCAUUGAGAAAAUUGUCGAGGAGCAUAACGCAGUGGGUGAUGCCGAGAAGAAGCCGACUAAAACGCUGAUGUUUUUAGAGGGUUGCCCUACUCGCCUUGGCUGCACGAUUUUACUAAAAGGAAGCCACAGUGAUAAGUUGAAAAAGAUCAAAGAAGUAGUACAACAUUCAUAUAAACUGGCACAUCAUCUAAUCCUGGAGGCUUCUUUCCUUGCUGAUCGGCAAACAAUGUUCUCAACCAUCUUUGCAAAGGAAGCUACAUCAUGUGUUGCGGAAAUAGAAAAUUUCCCACUAUCUCCUUCUCCUGGCAAAUCUACCGUUGAAGCAGUUGAUAUUCCUUUCUCUGAUGGAUUCUACGAACAAUCUACUCAGAUAAAUGGUGAUACAGACGGUGAGAAAGCUGAAACCUGGGAAUCAAGUGGAGAUCAAGUUUUCUCUCAUGAGCCAUAUAAUCCAGUUAUUUUUACUGGGUUCUCAUCUUUGUCUGCCAAAGUAAGUAAAUAUUUAGGAUUUGUUCAAAAAUCGGAGGCAGUUCCAGUAUCUGUAGAUACAGAUAUAUCGAAUGUCAACUAUCUUGAUUCGAUAAAGGAAUCUGCGGAAGAUACUGAAGAAAAGGAUGAAAAUGAACAACCUUUGUUACUUGACCCUGGGCUCCCGGUAAACACGAAUUCAGAUGAUGGAGACAAGUCGCAAACCGAGAAUGAUACUGAGACCACCUUGGAGUCUGAGAGUAUUUUGGUUUUAGUUUCGAAGAGAAAUGCCUUCAGGGGAAUAAUGUGUGACCAAAGUCGUUUUUCGCACAUAAAGUUUUACAAGCACUUCGAUGUUCCCUUGGAAAGAUUCCUGCGAGAUAUGUUUAAUCAGCGAGUGCUGAUCUCGACUGCUGCUCGUAGCAUGUCAUUUGGGAAAUUCUUGGAGCUCAGCUUUACUCAGCAAACUUUUCUGAAUAGAUUGUGUAGCUGUGGGCACUCUUUCGACAGGGACUUCCUUCACUUCUUUGGAUUAGGCUCCAUGGUCGCUAUGCUCAGUUACUCCCAAGUCACAUCUUAUACUGUCUCUUUGCCACUCAUGAAGCUGGAGUCUAGCAUUUUCAUAAAAGUUGGUUGGCUUGAGAAAGAAUUCCAAAAAGUAUUCACUAGAGGGAUAGCCUUGUUCGAGGACGCUACUAGUUUUUUGAAGAGACUAAGAUCACAGUUCUCAAAUUCAGGUCUUAGCUAUCAGUGUGCACUCAAAUUGCUUUCUAACAUCGAGGAGUUGCUGAAGCAAGAGCGUCGCGGAUUUGAGGUUAGCUUUGCUACAAGAACUGCUUUCGGUAUACAAAUAUCUUUGUUAAAGUUCAUGAGACAAGCGUAUUGUUAUUUAUAUUAUCCUCUUUUUGGAUACAUCAUUAUAACCAAAAAACAGGAAAACACCAAGAUCUCUUUUGACAAGGCUAAAACCAUAGAUGAUGUUUCGCACAAACUGCUGCGCUUAAACCGCAUGAGGUGGGAACUUCUGCUUCAAGCUCUCAUCUGGAACUACCGUUUGCAGUCGCUGGUAUUAUCUGAUCGUUUGCUACCUUCAAGCAUUGAGAAGAAGAGAAAUGAAGAAGGUGUGAAGACCGAUUCCGAGGCUGGAAUGACCAGAUAUGAAACUUCUGAUUCUGUUAGCAAUGGAGGCAUAGAUGUUCCACUUGUGGAAGGCAAAGAAAUACCAAUCUCUGAUGCGUUUGCUGGGGACAUUGAACAGAAGGAAGAAUCUUCUGUGCCUGAAGACUUGCAAUCCUCUCCCGUCAACGAUCAUUUCGACACUCAUUUGGCUGUUAAUAUCCAUUCAACCAAUGAACAAGAAGCGGAGAAAGUAAUUCCAGUUACUGGAGAUUCACUGGAUUGUGAGGUUGCUGCCUCUAAUGGAUCACACAUCUUAGGGUGGGAUGAAUGGUUUUGGCGGCCAUUCGAAGAGCUACGUUCCAAGCCCAUCGUCGAUGUUGAGAAGGAAUACUUGUUGAAGUUCGAGUACGUUAACAAUUUCACCCAAGAGAAUCUACAGACGGUGAACCAGAUCAUCACUGAAGAAGGUUCUCGUCUUCGCAUCUCCUUGAGGGACGAUGAUUUCAUCGUAUCAGACUAUGAAGACGAGCUCUCGAGCUUAAUCGCUUGCGCUCUGGCCCAUCUGAGCAGUGCCGAGAACAGACUGCCUCUUUCAAGGUGUAUACACGGAUCUCUUGAAGGGUUCUUGGAUAAGGAUCAAGAUUCUAAGCAACCCGAUGUUUCUCGUUUCUCGAGCGAGAGUACAACUCGGCUGGAAACUCUACCUCCUCCAGAGGUUCUUGUUACUUUUGGGUCACUCAAAUCAGUAGGAAAACCCAAAUACUCUGUCGUUUGUCUAUACGCAGAUGAUUUCCGCGACCUCAGAAGACGCUGUUGUUCCUCAGAGCUUGAUUAUAUAGCUUCACUAAGCCGUUGUAAGCCAUGGGAUGCUAAAGGUGGUAAGAGCAAAUCAGUGUUCGCAAAGACUUUGGAUGAUAGGUUCAUCGUGAAAGAGAUCAAGAAGACAGAGUACGAAUCGUUCGUGAAGUUUGCUCCUGAGUAUUUCAAAUACAUGAAGGACUCUUAUGAUUUAGGCAACCAGACUUGUCUUGCUAAAGUUCUUGGGAUCCAUCAGGUAACUGUAAGACAUCCAAAGAGCGGGAAAGAGAUAAGGCACGACCUAAUGGUCAUGGAGAAUCUCAGUUUCGGCAGAAAAAUCACUCGACAGUACGAUCUUAAAGGUGCAUUACAUGCUCGGUUUAUCGCUAAUGGCACUGAAGAUGUUCUAUUGGAUCAGAACUUCGUUAACGACAUGAACAAAUCCCCUCUUUACGUUAGCAAAACAUCAAAACAAAAUCUCCAGAGAGCGGUUUAUAAUGACACAGCCUUCUUGACCAGUAUAAACGUGAUGGACUAUUCGUUGCUCGUUGGAGUAGAUGAUGAGAGUCAUGAGCUAGUGUGUGGGAUCAUUGACUACUUGAGGCAAUACACAUGGGACAAGCAGCUAGAGACUUGGGUGAAAUCGUCGUUGGUGGUUCCGAAGAAUGUGCAGCCGACUGUUAUUAGCCCGAUCGAUUACAAGACGAGGUUCAGAAAGUUCAUGAAGACCUAUUUCUUGUGCGUCCCUGACCAGUGGUGUGCAACUAAGGAGGAUGACUGA